AUGCGAUUGCUUGUUUUACUCAUUUCAUUGAGUUCAAUAUGUUUAGUAAUUGGAUGGAGAUGUUAUGCGUGUAAUUCGGAUAGAGAAGGAACAAAGUGUUUAGAUGAAAGUCUUGACAAAAAUCUUUUGAAAAAGUGUCCCACAAAAAUGAUCGAUGGAACAGUGCAUCAACCAAUCGGAUGUCGAAAAACGGAACAAUAUGUUGGAAGUCAAUUCACGAUGAUUCGAGAGUGUGCCUACACGGGUAGCGAUGUACGAAACAAGAAUAACAAAGGCUCAACCGGUGUCUCGAGAUGGACAAAUCAGUGCUCGGAUGAGCACGGAUGCAAUGGCAUUUCCCCGAUUUCUCCCCUUCUCACGAUAAUCGCCUCGUUCAUGUGCGCCAUUUUGCUGCUCAAA